GAAUUUCGUCAAUCAGCUGUUUUACAUUGGUAAUAGAUUUUGUAAUUGCAAUUAUAUUAUAAAUUGAAUGCAGAGAAUGUUAAUUAUAUUUAAAUUUUCUGCUGAAUGUAGCCAAAAUAUUUUGUUUCUUUCCCUGUUAACGCGCCAUGUAAAUUUUAGGUAUUCUCGAAGUAAGGCUUAAAUUAUAUUAUUUGUGUAUUUUUUUUUUUGGAAAACAUGCCGCAAUCACAGAUUAACUACCGGCCUCCAAUGACUGAUUCUGAAGAUUCAGAUGACUACGAUGGUUAUUAUUUCGGUGAUAUGCCAUCAAAAAAAGCUCGUUCGCCGACUAUAUGGCAACAGGAACAAAACAGUCGUGCGGAAGUAAUAUCCUCAAUCAUAAACGGAGAUUCUGAAAAAUGUAGACAGGAAAUACGUGACCACAAGAUUUCCAUCAAUGAACCAAUCAAUGGAGAUUUUACCCUUCUCAUGACUGCUUGUCGAGAAGGGCAAUUGUCUAUCGUGCGGCUUCUACUCGAAGAUCUCAAUGCGGACGUCAAUAAACAGGUGGAUUCAUUUACACCACUUAUGCUAGCGUGCGAAUGUACAAGUAAAGAUUCGCAUACAAUUGAUCAGAUAGUACAACUCUUAAUUAAACAUGGAGCUGUGAUAAAUGUUUCCGAUAAAUAUGGAACUACUCCUUUCAUGCAUGUCUGCAAAAACGGGAAUAUCCCUGUUGUGAGGCGAAUGUUGAAAGAUGUGUCCUUCGAUGCUGUUGAUAAUCAGGGAUGUACACCGAUAUUUCAUGCAAUAGAGAAUAAUCGUGCAGAUGUUGUAAAACUCUUGAUGGAAGUUGGUGUAAAUGCAACUAUUGCUAAUAGAAAGGGUUAUACACCAGUACAAGUAGCACAAUUUCAUGGAUUUUACGAUUUGCUUGAAUUUUUACCGAAGGACGUAGUGACUUAUGUUGUCCCACCUCAAUUUCUUGGCUACAACACAUUGCGUGAUUAUAUACCAAGAAUUUUUCUGAAAUCUGAUUGUCCCGAAUACUUCCAAGAAAUCAAUGCAAUACUAUUAUCUUUAAAUAUGGGUAGAUUUUUAGAACAUUUUGCCAAGGAACAAAUUACUCUACUGGAUUUUCUAUCAAUGAAUGACAACCUAUUGAAAGAUAUAGGAAUUAAAUAUCCCAUUUUUCGAAUGAAAAUAAUGAAAGGUCUCCUUGAUUUUCAUCUACAUCAUUGGUCAAAAAAAUCUAUCGCUCGCGUUAGUAGAUCAUCAAAAGAAAACUUCUACGAAAUAUUAAUGAUUACGGCCAAUCAUUUACAACAUUUGGUAAUAAUAACUGCAACUCUUCGCUUUAUAAAAGAAAAUGUCAAAACCAAAGAAUUAGGAAAUGUGACACAGGUACAAUUACAGUCAUUGCAACAAAAUGUUAAUGCAUAUCGGGUAACAAUUAAGGAACUACACAGAACUACGGAAUAUUUAUCUUCUUUUAGUCCCUCAAAAAAUCCUUUAUAUAUAGACUAUGAUGAGUAUCUCGCUGAAACCAAACGUUUGAAACUGAAAAGUUUUUUCAAAUAUACUACAAUUUUUAUUGGAGUAUCCGUAUUUAUUUGUCUCAAAAUACGAAAGAUUUUCUUUCGCUCAUAAAAAAAAAUUAAAAUAAUUUCGUUCUACAUGCGAAGUCAUUUGUCGGUUUAAUUGAUUUAUUUUAUUUGAUUUAAAAGUUUAUAUAAUUGCAUUUAAUGAAAUUUAUAUGAGUUUGUAUUAAUAUAUAAAACAAUAACUUAUUCCUUCGUUUUUCUUUUAAAUAAAUUUAUUAUAUUUUUCAAGCAUGAAUUUAAAAUGUCUUGAAAGUAAGCAGACUUGUAGCAGAGAAUUUAUAUAUAUUUAUAUUUUACAGGGCGGUGUGAAUUCAAAACAGGAAAAAGUGUAAACAAGUUAAUAUACCGCCCUGUUUUAAAGUGUACCAAUAUCAGCACGUUCCACUGUUAGGAGCCGCAUUAGCAUCAAGGUAGAAUUGUACGUCAAAACACCUAAAUAAGUAUCUGAUUUUCAAUACACUGACAAUAUCGAAAUAUCCUUAUUUUUAAUAAAUAAUAACAAAGUAGUAUUUGAAUAAGGAAUAGCAUUUAAAAUGUUGCGGCAAUUAUUGAACCAGGGUUCUCGUCGGACGAUGUUACGAAUUCAGACAUUUUCUUCAAAAGCUACAACUGGGGGUGACAAAGAUAAGAUAAAGGUGUUAAAUAACGCUGAUGUUCCAAUAAUCGAUUAUGAAGAUCCCGAUUAUUUACCACUUCCCGAGUAUCCUUUGAGACCAGAUGAGCCGUUGGAAGUGCGGAAACAACGCCUUAUUUAUCAAUCUCGAAAGCGUGGUAUGCUUGAAAAUGAUUUGAUACUUAGUACAUUUGUUGCACGUUACUUAAAAGAUAUGGACGCUAAACUAACAGCACAGUAUGACCAAUUAAUCAAUGGCGUAACAAAUGAUUGGGACAUAUAUUAUUGGGCCACAAAUGUUAAACCAACACCCCCAGAACAUGAUAAUGAUGUUAUGCGAUUACUUAAAGAACAUGUUGCGAAUUCGAAACGCGAACAACGCCUGUGCCAGCCGGAUUUGUAAUAUUAUAUAUGUUAUUGUUUUGAAAUUAGUUUUAUUCUCUGUUGCUUAUGCACUAAUAGCUGUUGAUAAAUAUUAAAAAAUAAAAUAAAUCCUUUACUUGAUCAAGCUA